UUUCGUAUUAUGAACAUCGAGAAAAUAAAGAAUAUUUUCUUUGUUAUUCUGUGCUUUAGCACAAUUAUAUUAAUAUCCAUUGCUAUAUAUUAUAUAUCUAGAAAUGGGUACAUCACAGUUGAUGUGGGAACAGCUUCUCUUGUAAUUUCAAUAGUUGAUAAAGUAACAACAUCGAUAUUAACAAUUACGUUUAUUCAUUUAACGACAAGAAAAUGGCAAAAAAUAAGAGAUAGAGGAUCAUUGAUAAGAAUAGUAGAAUCUAUUGAUUCGAUAAAAACCGGAAUUGUUUCAUGUAUUACAAAUAUAAGUUCCAUAGAAGUUGGGGCAUAUUUAUUAUUGGCUUUAUUAGCAACGGCUACAGCAUGGGGAUUGUCCAAAGGAAUAAGUACAAGCGAAAUUGGAGGUGCAUGUGAUUUUAAUGAAGGAAAAACUCACGCUUUGAUAAAUUGCACAGACGCACCUUCUUGUGGGUUAAAUUCAUUUGCUAUGGGUGGUCUUUCCCCAGCAGGACUUGUAAGAGCAACUACAAUAGUAAAAAAUGGAAUCGAUAAUAAUAUCACAGUUUUGGGAAAUCCAAAUUAUGCUAUUGCAGCUCAUGUUGGAAAAGACCUAUUAUUUUCUGCAAAUGAAGUAAAUAUUUACAAUCUAAGUGCGAUCGUGGUAAAUACUUCCUGUAUAGCGACUGACAAAUUUGCUGGACCAUCUAAGGCAACUUUUCCACUAAUAAAUAUGACGAGUUUAGAUAGCAACAUCAACAUCAAUGCUGCUAUAUCGGAUUUCCAGGGAUUAUACGUCUUGACUAAUGCCGGUGAUUACAAAAUUGCUUUUGCUAUUAUUUUAUCUGAUCAAGUGUCGCCUGAUUAUUUCACAGAUCAAAGUAAAGUAGGAUGGCUGAAUGAUACAGUGAAAACUUUAAAAAGUAAUAUAGUAACUCUUGUACAAUGUAAUUAUACAGCAAGAAUCGGAUUGGUGGAUAUUACCCAAAAAAACAAUUCAUUACAAAGUUCGAUAAAAAAUUUUGUACCCAUUAGCGCAGUAAAUACGCUAGUAUUAAAUGUUCAAAUGACAGGAUUUAAUUAUGAUGCUUUGACCUUAUCAAAUGGAAAUUCCAAUCCAGAUAUUGAUCCUUACAAAUAUGAUGGGAGAUACAUUUUUGGAUUAGAAAUGGACUUUGCUAAAUACAUGGCCGCAUCUUCUAUAGUUCUCGUAGAUAGAAUAUUGGAAAAUAACUAUUCUCUUAGUUAUUUACAGUAUACCAAUGAUACAUUUCUGAUGAAAUAUUGUAAUAAUAUUCAAGUAACGAUUAUACAAUAUUGGCCUUUAUUAUAUAUUUGGUUAUUUAUGAAUAUUAUUUCAUUAUUAAUAUUAAUAUUCUUUACGAUAAAGGAGAUAUCAGAAAGAAAUAAUACUUGUUCUGGAAUAGCAUUGAACACUUUGAUAUUGCAAGCGUUGACAACAAAAUGGGGAUUGGCAAGAUUGUUGUUAAAAGGUCAAUGGAAUACGGAUCAAAAGGAUAUAUUUAUAUCAAAAAUGGACUUGAUACAUGAAAGAUUGGAAGCUUCAAAAAACCAUUUUGGAUUAACUUCUUUGGACCAAUAAAAUGGGGAAAUUAUUUGAAUUUAACCAUCUUUUUUUUUAGUGAACUAGCAUAGACGUUUUCUGAAGCUAAUAUGUUUGAUUUUUAUUUAUACUGGCGAUUUUUAGAUUUUAUGUAACUUGUUGUUUAUAAAGAGAAUAGUGUAAUAGUAAUUAAAUAUUAUUAUUUUAUAUAUCAUUUCCCCACAUAUUGAGCUUAAUAGAACUGUCAUUGGAUCCAUGGAUCUUCGAUAUGAAAUAUGACCAGAUGAUGUAUGUAUAAAUAUCAAAAUUUAAAAAUAAAUUCAGAAAAAAAAUACGCUUUAUUGUUACGAAUAAAAUAUAUGAGGCAAAUAGUUAUAGUCGCG